CGGCGGUUGUGGCGCGUGCGCGUUGGGACGGGCGGAGGCUCGGGUGCGGGGCUGUGACGGUUGGGCUUUGAGCGGGGGCACGAGGCCCGUUGUCAUGGAGCCGCGGCUGAGCGAGCUGUUCGGGGGUUUCCCGGGCCCUGCCGCAGGGGCUAUGCCGCCCGGUGGAGGGGGAGCGCCCGCUGCUCCUGCACCGCUCUCCAUUACUUCAUGCUGCAGGCGCCCGUCACGGCAGACCGCCACCACCAGCGGCCGCGCUCGGGGCCCGACUCCCGGCCGGGCUCCCGCUACAGCCCCAGGCCUGGCAGGUGGGCCCUUACCUUGUGGGCUUCCUCAUAAAAACAAUAAGAUCCCGCCCGCGGCCCCCAAAGGCCCGCACAAGAAAAUCCGCAGCCGGCCCCGGGGCCGCAACAACCCGCCCUUCCUCCCGCCAGAGUCGGAGACUUCUUCUCUUUUGUUCCAGCUGAAGUUGGUGAAUCCCUCCCAGUAUCGCUUUGAACACCUGGUCACACAGAUGAAAUGGCGGUUGCAGGAGGGUCGGGGAGAAGCUGUCUAUCAGAUCGGGGUCGAGGACAAUGGUCUCCUGGUCGGCCUGUCUGAGGAGGAGCUCCAAGCCUCUCUGAAAACACUCCGCAGAAUGGCCGAAAAGGUUGGAGCAGAUAUCACAAUCCUCCGAGAGCGUAAUGUGGAAUAUGACAUGGACUCACCCAGGCGGAUAGCUGAGGUUUUGAUCCGGAAAGUUCCUGAUGAUCAACAGUUUCUUGACCUGCGGGUGGCAGUUCUGGGCAAUGUGGACUCCGGGAAGUCAACCUUGCUGGGUGUCCUGACGCAAGGUGAGCUGGAUAAUGGCCGUGGGCGAGCACGCCUGAAUCUGUUCAGACACCUGCAUGAGAUCCAGUCUGGCCGAACAUCAAGCAUCAGCUUCGAGAUCCUGGGGUUCAACAGCAAGGGCGAGGUAGUGAAUUACAGUGAUUCCCGGACAGCAGAGGUCAUCUGUGAAAGUGCCUCGAAAAUGAUCACCUUUAUUGACCUGGCAGGGCACCACAAGUACCUAAAGACUACCAUCUUUGGCCUCACAAGCUACUGCCCGGACUUUGCUAUGCUUGUUGUCAGUGCCAAUACUGGCAUAGCUGGCACUACACGUGAGCACCUGGGCUUGGCCAUGGCUCUCAAAGUGCCCUUCUUCAUUGUCAUCAGUAAGGUCGACUUAUGCACAAAGGCCACCAUUGAUCGCACAGUCAAACAGCUGGAGCUGGUCCUGAAACAGCCAGGAUGUAACAAAGUUCCCCUGCUCGUGUCGAGCAGUGACGAUGCAGUAACCGCCGCUCAGCAGUUUGCACAGUCUCCCAGGUAAGGACUGGCUCUGCAAUGG